AUGGGAAGGGCUUCGGAAGGAGCAGUGACGGCAGAAGACGCAGAACAUGGCGAGAAGGCGCGGACAGACGCAGCCGCCAAAGAUCGCGAAGCGCGUCGAGGGAGGGGAGAGGGCGCAGCGAGCCAGGAGGAAACGCGAGAGGCUCCGCUGACGCUGUGCGACGAGUUCGCGCACACUCAGAGACUUGAAGAGGCGGCGCUGAGAGACAGCCGGCAGACGACACAGCGCAGCGUCGCAGACGGACAAGAGGGAGGGAGCGAGGGGGAGAGAGAGCGAGCCGCAGACCGCGACGGCAGCCGCAGCGCCUCAGAACUGCAUCCGGCGGAGGCGAAUGCAGAGGCGUGCGGGAGAGAUCCAGACGGAGCUGUCGUGUCGCUUCCCGAGCGGUGCGAAUCGGCGGAUCUCGAAGAGCAGAGCGAGUGUCUUCCAGAACAUCUUCGGCUGGCGUUUUUCGCGCUGCUUGACGACGAGAAGGCGCGGGCGCUCCCCUCCCCGGCUUCCUCUUCUGCGCCUUCUGCUUCGCGUCCACCCUCUGCGCCCACGCCGCCUUCUUCCUGGUCUUCCUCAGGUCCCUAG